AAACCAGGAGCGAAACAAUUAAAGUUAAAUCGUAUUUGCCAGCAACAUUUUUGUAGUCCUAAUCCUUAUAUCAUCUGAUUUAUUUGGCUUCGUAAAUGACAUUUGUUUACUUUGAAAAAUACGACAAGACCCUAUCGGGCAGACCCCCUAAGCUCUGCUCUGUAACGGACACAAGCUGCAUAAAGUUUCAUUUGAAUGUUCAACUUCCUACUGCCAAAAUGAUGGCGGCUGAGCAGGCUGUGCACGGAGUUCCUCCUUCCUUGUCUGCCAAAGUGGUGGGGUCAUUUGCCUACCUGACGGUGAAAGACAGGUUGCCGACCAUUCUGACGAAAGUGAUAGACACAAUCCAUCGCAACAAAAACAAGUUUUUUGAGGAGUUUGGAGAGGAGGGGGUCCAGGCCGAGAAGAAGGCCAUUUCUCUGCUGUCGAAGCUGAGGAAUGAGCUGCAGACCGACAAGCCAGUCCUGGUCCUGUCAGACGGCCUGGAGGAUGCGGACUCCUGGAACCAGUACCUGCAGAGACAGCAGAGCCUGCAGGGGGAUCAGGACUCUGUCAGCUGGUUCAAGUCUCCCUGGCUCUAUGUGGAGUGCUACAUGUACCGCCGAGUAAUGGAGGCCCUCUGGCUCAAUCCUCCCAUCAGUGACUUUGACGUGUUUAAUGAGGGAAAGACGCAGAGCUUCUUUGAGUCUCAGCAGGCUGUGGUGGCCUUAUGCACAUACUUGGAAGGCCUCAGGAAGAACAUGGCAGAGCUUUCUGAGAAUCAACUGUGUGAGCAGUUCAACAAACUAUUACAGGUGUCUCUUUGGGGGAACAAGUGUGAUCUGUCCAUCUCUGCUGGCCAAGAAAACUCUCAGAAGGGCAGUCCUCUGGAUUCCCUCGCCAACCUGCGACCCUUUAUCCUGGUGGAUGACUCCAGCUUGGUGUGGUCCACUCUAGUUUCUGCCCAGAGGCCAGGAGAUUCAGGGAAAACCACCUCAGCCAGAGUGGACAUUGUCCUAGACAACGCCGGCUUCGAGCUAGUCACUGACCUGGUCCUGGCUGACUUCUUGGUUUCCUCAGGUCUUGCCCGUGAGGUCUGUUUUCACGGUAAAUCCAUGCCCUGGUUCGUCUCCGAUGUCACUGCCAAAGAUUUCCAAUGGACCAUUCGGCAGACCAUGGCGGCCAAUCACAAGUUUAUGUCCAAGAGCGGUGUCCAGUGGCAGACCUACAUGAGGGACGGCGUGUGGUCCUAUCAUGACCAUCCUUUCUGGACGCAGCCCCAUGAGUUCUGUGACAUGGCAGCCGACGCUCCUGAGCUGUACGCCACCCUGCAAGGGGCAGACCUGGUGCUGUUUAAAGGAGAUCUAAAUUACAGGAAGCUGACGGGGGACAGGGACUGGGACCACACAGUGGGCUUUGACGUGGCACUGCGGGGUUUUGGGCCUGCCCCACUAUGCAGCCUCAGGACUCUAAAGGCCAACGUUCAGGUGGGUCUGCAGCCGGGCCAAGGGGAGAAGCUCAGCUCCCAAGAGCCAGACUGGAUGACGAGCGGGAAGUACGCUGUCGUCCAGUUCUACAGCCCACACUCAGAACAGUAAGACUGGCACUGGGAUCCCACUGGGGAGACAAGUACUCAAUAAGAACGUUACACUGAGCAGUCACUAAGAAGGAGUUGUCUUUAAGCCAUCAUAGAGUUUUGAGGUAUGGGGAUUCUUGAAGCGUAUUAAAGGAACAGUUCACCAAAAAAUUAUUAAAACACUGUAGCAGCCUCCUCCCAAACAACUCAAGUCAGUGGAUCCCACUUUCCAAAAUUAGCAAAAUAAUGACAAAAUGUACUCCAUACAGCUUGUGCAACAUAAUCCUGGUCCUCUGAAGCAAAAUGAUCACAUCCUGAAUGGAAAACACCUGUAUCUACACAGUUAUAGACCAGAAAUCUUUACUAUAGUCUUUCUUAGCACUACAAAUGAUGCUACUGCACACCCAAGACUUUUUUGGCCACAUGCUCCUCGACAAGAAAUCAUGAGUUACUCUCAGUGAGCAGAAUGUGGAUGCCUGAGGCUUGGAUGUGUGUUAGGGUCAACUCUGAAGAACUGCAUUAAAUACUGAUGUUAAUACAGGUCAUUUGCACUCAGGAUGCAGUUUUUUUGGACGUGGAAAACGUGGAUCUUUUUUUUUUUUUUUUAUAGAGGUUUAAAAUAUCAUUAUGAAUGAAGUCUUAUGGUGCAACAGUGAUGCCCUGGCCCACACAUCUGCUAAUCGUAUUCUCCAGACGCAAGAAAAGGUGUGUUUGGUGCAGACCUCACAAAAGGAAUCAUCUCAUCAUCAUGUAAAUAGUUUUUUUUUAAUGAGACUGAAAAUUCCAAUGCAAAAAAUAUCAUUUCAAUUAAAAAUGUGAGUAAUAUCUGUCAGAAUAUGAUUAUUUGUGUUUUGUUAUCUUAUUCUGCCCUUUUUGGAACUCCAAUAAGUGCUGUCCACUGACUUCAGCUGUUUUGGAGAAGGCUGGUGUGGAGUAGUUACCUCCCUUUGUGUUGUAUGGACAAAGACAUUUCACCUGCAAGUAGAUAAAAUAAUGUGAAUAGAUUAAAAAAUAUAUAUUUUGGGGGGAACUGUUCCUCCAGAAUGUCUUUUUUUUCUACUGUUGGCUAGCACUUCAUCAUGACAAUACAUAAUAUAAUCACCAGAAAAUGUUCACAUUUUCACUGAUGAUGAUUUUACCAACUCAUACUUUCCUUAUUAGUUCAGCACUUUCAGGCCAACAAAAUCCCCCAAGAUUUUAAUACAAACAAGAAAGAGAAAAUGUUGUACGUAUUAUAUUAUAUCCUAAUUGUUUACAUAUCAAUGUAGGUGUUAUUCACAAUUAUUAUUGAGUUGAAAAUGAGGGAGAAUUGGGCUUUAUAAGUCUCGGUCCUAGUUUGUGUCAUUAGAACAGCAGUACUUUUGUUUUUGCAUGCCAUUAAGAAGGAAAAUGAUAUACUGAAUUUGCACAGUUAUGAUAAUUCUUGUGAAUUUUUUUUUUUUACUGUUGCACUCAAAGUCAAUGUUUUGCAUGCAUCAAAGCGUGCAGUAUCAUUUAUAUUUACCUUAGUGAAAUCACUGGAAUUACAAGGCGACUUGAUAAGUUUUACCCAAUUUGAAAGGUCAGCAGACUGUUAUUGGGCCAGUGUAACAAUAACACAGACAAUGUGAGCCUGUUGCCUAAAUAACAGCAGCCCAGAACUUUGUAUCUUAAUAGAUAAAAGUGAAUGUCUCAUUGCACAAUAUGUUAUGUCAUCUAAAUCCCUGUGGCCAGUGUUGGCACCUCAGUGCUGCUGAAAGAAAUCAUUUCCUUUCCUAACAAUAGGUUUAAUUCAAUAAAGAGCUAGAAUGACUGGUC